GCACGAAGGAGAAGAAGAAGAAGAAGAGGCAUUGUUUGUAAACAAACGUAAGCUGUCAAGAUCCCAUAAUAUUCACCUGACGAAGACUCCCUAAUUCUCCUCAAGGGCUGAAAUGAGUGGCAAGAGGAAAGCUCCUUCGGGCGAUGGAAAUUUGAACGCAGACUUUUGCGAUUUCUUAAUCGAGCUUGCAGAUUAUGAAAGGAAUGUUAAUCGUAACAUAUACAAGUACAAUGCAUAUCGAAAUGCUGCAGCAGUUUUGGCACAACAUCCCAAGCGAAUAGAGAGUGGAAGUGAAGCAAAAAAGCUGAAAGGAAUCGGAGGAAAAAUUGGCGAUAAGAUAGAUGAAUUCAUUAAAACUGGAAGUUUGAAAAAACUGGACAAGAUACGUGCAGAUGAUGUUAGUGUUGCUAUAAAUCUGCUGACCCGAGUAACAGGUAUUGGACCUGCCAAAGCUCGAGAGUUAGUAGAAGAUGGAAUCACCACCAUAGAAGCCCUUCAUGAAAAUAAGGAUAAACUUAACCAUCAUCAGUUAAUUGGGCUGAAGCAUUUUGAAGACUUUGAAAAGAAAAUCCCAAGGGAGGAGAUUGAAAAGAUUGAGAAAAUUUUAGUGAAGGAGAUUUCUAGCCUCGAUUCUGACUACAUUGUUACCAUCUGUGGGAGUUAUCGCCGUGGAGCCAAAAGUAGUGGGGAUGUGGAUGCACUGCUUACUCAUCCUUCCUAUUCGUCAGAUUCAGGGAAGAAUUCCAAAUUGUUAGUUAAUGUUAUUGACAAACUGAAGAAGAAAGGGCUUGUGACAGAUACUCUUUCUAUGGGAGAGACCAAAUUUAUGGGAGUGUGUCAGUUGAAGGAAGACCUUCCUUUUCGACGUCUGGACAUACGGGUCAUUCCUCAUGAUCAGUAUUACUGUGGUAUUUUAUAUUUUACUGGUUCUGAUAUAUUCAACAAGACUAUGAGGGCACAUGCACUUGAAGAAGGUUUUACUCUAAAUGAGUACUGCAUAAGACCUGUGGGAAGCACAGGGAUUCCUGGUGAGGCCCUUCCAGUGUCAAGUGAGAGGGACGUUUUUGAGUACAUCAACUGGACCUACAAGGAACCCCAUGAACGAAAUUAUACUUAGGUUUAUGUUGAUUUUAUUUUUAUAUUAGUACUGCUAUAUUUAUAAAGGCUAUUGAAGUAUUGACCCUGGAAUACUUAGUGUAUUGUUAAUUUAUUUUUCUGGUAUUUUUUUUUUGCUAAAUAAGACGGAUAUUGUAAUA